AGCCGCAUAGUGCGACGAGUCGCAUACAUAAAUUUUUAAAUAUUUACGAGUCUACAAUUUGCUUAUUAGUUUUUUUGUUCCAAAUUGUUGGUAUUUCGAAAUUUUCGAAUUGUAUUUGAGUGUCGUGCAAAAAUUAGUAAAACAAAAAAGAAGUGUUUCUCUAAAAAAAAAGAAAGCAUUUGACAGCGUAUAGAUCACACUUACCAUAAAUAGUUUCAUGAUUCCAAAACCUUGUCGCUUUGGUUAGUAAACAAUUGAAACUCCCUGCGCUCCCCUGGCACUCGACGCUUACGAAGCACUCCGACGCUAAAAUACUAAUCAAAACACUUUUAUGAUAUUUACGCGCAUUUAAAUUUGUACCAACGCCAGAUUGUAGAGCAUAAAACGUGUUGCAAAUUUUAAAUACUAAAAUCAUAUCGUACAUUACUAAACAAAAAAAAAAAAAUGCCAGUGCUACGUCAAUUCUCACGCAAUCCGCAAACGCGCAGCAAUGAGGAAUUCAUUUUUAUACGCUGUGGUAAAAAUACAAAUACUGUCCAGACAUCUUGGCGACCUCAGCUGCCGCUACCCAAAGAACUUGACGACAACUCCACCGAUGCGCAAGAGGACUCUACCACUGAUGCUGUCGAUAUGGAGCGCUCACAAUACCACAACACAGCGUCACUUGCCAGUAGCCGAAAAGACAAUUCCUUAAACGCUUCACAGGCCUCUACGAAUCAUGCGCCAUCCAGCACUUCGCAUAAGAAAUGGUCCUUUGGGCGCCUCUUUCGCCGGAAGAAAGAUAUCGCCUCGGAAUCAUCGUCCGAAGAGGAUCGCAAGGCCGGCUUCAUACCCAACCAAAAGAAUUCACGUGCCACCACCGGCGGCGGCAGUAUUGCCAAUUUGAAACCAAAAUCGAGUAAAUCAAGUAAAGUCAAUCGCAGCAGUAAAUUGAAUGGUGCCAGUUUCGAUCACAUCGUCGUCAAUCCACAAACGGGUGCCCCCAUAGUACCACCACAUCCAUCACACCCACCGCAAGUGGAUCAUGAAUUCUUUUUGCCUGUGGAAACCAUUUCACCCACGGAGGCAUACUAUCAGAACCAGCAACAACAGCACUUGCAGCAAGGUGCCGCAUAUACGCGUUCCUCAAACUCACUGGAUCGACGCGGUGCGCGUGCCGCCCUCAAAACACGUUCGGCCCAGCGGCUGCCGCAUGAAAAGGCACUCGGUGCGCACUCCUCCAGUGAGGAGGAAUUAAUUUCGUUGAAUUCAUCAACGUUCUCGAAAUACCGCAGCGAUGAGAGCAUUCAUAGUGGUGGAGUGGGUGCCGCCAACAAUGCGCAGAGCAAGCGUAGUCGCGCAGCACGUAAUGAACGUUACUACAAGCGGCUUUCGCGCGAUGGAGAGCCAAGUAACGGCCAAGCGCCGGUCAUGUAUGCACCACAGCCGACACAACGCUGGAAAACGCAACCGGUGCCGCUCUCCAUUUACAAUCCCUCAGCGCAGGCACCGCCACCCAGCGCGAUGGCCAAUGUGACUGCUACGCCCCGUUUACGCAACACCGGUAGUCUACAACAUGUUGCACCUUAUGUGCAGUGGGGCCAACUGCAACAGCAGCCAAAGAAUUUGCAGAAUACCGUCAAUGACGGUAAGCGCAGCAUUAGCUAUGACAGUCACAUACAUUUACAAAACAUUAAUGGCCGACUGCAGACAAAGCCGCUGCCGCCGCCGCCACCGCCGCGAGAUCCACUGCGCCGUGUAAACGUCAGUGGGCAAAUGCAGAAUGGCAGCGCUGGUGACCUGCGUCCCAUUUCAUAUGCCUUCGAUCAAAGUGGGCUACCGGUGCUGCCCUCUGCAAACCAGCGUCUAGGCGGUCGUUGUGUGUCAGAUGAUAAGAUUUGGUCCGGACCCGCAGGCCCGCACUAUCAAUCGGUACAUUCGUUGAAUACACCGACUAUACCAACUCAACAUAUGCAGGCUGGCACGCCGCAGCAGGCGAUGGCACCCAGCAAUACACCGCAUCAUCGGCGUUUUAUAACACGCGCUGAGCGCGAUGCGCAUCCCUCGAAGAAGUCGCUGCCGAAUGGCUUAGAGUUUCACUACGUUACCGAUGCAACGCCGCGUUCACGCAAACCCAUACACAUGUUGGAGCCGCAGCUAGAUACAACGGCCAAAGAGUCAAGUACCGCUGGCAUUUUACGUACGUCCAAAAGUGGUCUGCCUUCGCCAUCUUCCCAACAAAAUGUAAACGACUUCUGGAAGCGUUUGGAUACAGGCUCGCAACGUCGCGGACGUGAAGUGGAGCGUCCGUAUGCAGAUAGUGGCGUAAAACCUCGUUCGAUUUCCAGUUCACGUGUAGGCGAAUUGCGUGCAUACCCUAUACCCGUUUACUCGGAGGUGCAGAAGCCAAACAGGAAGCCACGUGCGUCCCCACAACCUGGUGUUGAUGAGGUGGACAAUGUCGUGUGCGGUAGUUUGCAUAUAAAAUCUAAACCGGACAAUUCAAGUUCUAAUUAUGUAGAGAUACGCAACAAGGAUUACAGUAAAAGCAACUCAAUGCCAAAUCAUUAUCAAAGACGCUCGGGUGAGAUACCCAACACGCCGAAUAAGUACGACGAAUAUGUCGCGGAAAAGCGCGAGCAACAUCACAAACCCAUUUUCACACCACCGACGCCACCCCAACGUAAACUAUCCAUACCGCACAGCAGUGCCGUAGAGCUGCCCAUAUAUAUACCGCGCAAGAAGCCCGCCAAUCUUGAAGAGGCAAUAAAUGAGCUGGAGGCAAUCUACAAAUCACUUGGUCUCACUGAGGAACCAGAGAAGAAGGAACGUAUACCCACUCCCAGCGAGUUUGAAAAGUACGCCUUAGCACGCGCGAAUGAAUACGACGACGAGGAUUCGCCUACAGGCGAGCCCGAUCCGAUACGCGAUGACGUGGCCUAUCGCAAUAUGCAGUUGGCGAAUUUGCAGCACAAAACCGUGGAAAAGCAGCCGCCUUUCGGCAUACCUAUUGGCCCGGUUGUUGCAGCGCCGCAAAACGACUAUCUGCAUAUUACGCCGAUUGUGGAGCCCAUCAAGUGGGUGAACACGCCCGAUAUUGUCAAAGAUGAUUUGGCGGUGCGCGCUUUGCGUAAAGAUCCACCAGGGCCCAAAGAUAGAUUCGUCUAUCCCUACAGCUCGUUCCAGAAAAAGAAUCGUGCUACGCGCACACAAUCCGCAAACAUUUACAAUCUAAUACAUCGAGACGCCGCCAAACCAUCUGGUGGUGAUCUCCACUCUUAUCUAGAAUUGACGCGCAAGUUAGAUCGCGCUGGCAGCAUGUCUGACUUGCACAAGGAUGAUGACGAGACGGCCACAGAUGUGCCGACAACACUGGCACUGCUGCGCAACCUUAAGGAACAGGAGCAGCAACAGGCAACGCUAAAGAAGGUAGCGAUUCCCUUCCGUCAUCCCAGUCAGGGCGGCGCUAUUUGUGCACUACCAGAAAAGUUGCCUAGCAAUGGAAUGCAAAAAGAGGAAGUACACAAGCCGCCAGUACCACUGCCGCGCAAGAGUCUCACACCUGAGCCCACGGUGGUGAAUGCGCAAAUGGAGGAUGCUUUAAAUAGAAUUGCAAUAGAGGCGCAAGAAAAAUCGGUGAAACUGACGAAGGAGCUGCAAGAGCUGCGCAAGGAAGCGCUGAUAACUGCAUCGCGCCCCAAAGCCGACACCGAAGAGGAAAAAAUCGAGAAGGAUUUGCAGGAAAUAGAGGCGGUGUCGGAAGCAGCGAAGCGUUGCGGGAAGAUGCUUUUAGACACUUUGCCGGAUGCAAAUGAGAGUCAAGCACUGGCUAAACCGCGCAAAUUACACAAAGAAGGUAAACUCAUCGAGGCCAUCGACCAAGUAUCCGAAGCGGCUAACGCUGUAUGCGAGAAGAUACUGAAGGAUAUUGUGACCACCGAACCACCAGUAAUAGUGCAGGAAGCGGUGCAAGUAAAGAAUAAACAGACACCAACUGAACUACUUGUUAUGCCAAAUCUCAUCAAGAAACUGGAUCCUAUACAAUCAGAGCAGAUAGAGGCGAUAGCCAAACGUUGCAUGCGUCAGCUAAGCGCAUUGGCGGACGACAAUCCCGACUAUGAUAAUCUGAAUCAGGAGCUGAAGCAGCCAGGUGCACCUAGCGGCCCAGCAGCAGCUGUUGCCUGUAACACCGAACAAAUACAGUUGGAGUCAGCGGCAAAAGUUGAUAAUCUUGUUUCUACCGUUGCAGAAGUGGCGACAGCGCAGCAGAAGGCAGCGAAGCAGAAUAUUGAGGAAAUCGAUCAGAUCAUGCAAGAGUGUGAAGAAAAAAUGCGCGCAGAAAGCAUAAGCGCACCAGCAGGGCCUCCCAUCAUUACAUCGGAACGCACCUUGGCCGCUGCACGCCAAUUGGCCACGAACAGCAGCAGUGAUGGUCACACAACAGCGCCGAGCAUGAACACAAGCAGCUGCAGUAGCGGCCCUAAUAUCAACGCUGCUGGUGUAGCUGCCAAAACAGGCGCCAGCACAACAGCCUCCUCAUUUUCCUCAUCAAGCGAUUGCCUGGCCAAAUCAUCAAGUCCGUCCGCUGGGCGACGACAAUCUUCGAGCAUUACCUCCUUUAAUCCCUACUCCUCCAGUGAUUAUAUUAAGUCACCAAGUAGUGAAUUUCGUACACCCAGCACCGAUCCAAUAAAAACCUUCAGCACCACCUCGUACGAUGUACCAUCGACUACGAGCGCCACACCAAACAUAAGCGCCACAACGAACAGCACGUUCAGCUACUCGCCAUCGCCACCGUUGAAUCUGACAUCGGCUACCGCAGGAGCAGCUAAACGCCCAUCACAAGAGCGUACGCGUACGCGUUCCUCCUCAUCACCCUCGCAUUACAACUCUUCCGAAGAGUUGGCCAUGAUUUUCGGCAUCGACGAACAGCCGAGACGUCCGCGAACGCACCAACAGUCGGCCGAAAUGAAGUCGGCACAGCCGCCAACAAAUGUUUCAGGUAAAGAUGAUGUAACUAAAUCAGUUCAUGCGACGCAAGCGCCAUCACCAAAUCAUGCAUUCGCUCUCCAUGCAUCCAUGCUCGAUACUACUACUACUACUACUACUACUACCACUGCUGCAAAUGCUACCCAACUACACACUAAUCCCAAUACUGUUGCUGUUGCCAAGGCCUAUGAUGACUGCGUUAAGCCAAUCGCUACUAAUAACGCUGAGCGUUUGAAUGCCAUUGUUGUUGUUGAUAAUGCUAAUGAUGUUGUUGAUAAUGUUGAUGUUAAAAAUACCACUACCACUACCACUAGUACUAGUACCAUAGCUACCAAUAACCCCAUUUCCAUAGCCACAAAUUCCAGCACCAACAACUCAUCCACUAGUAUAAGUCCAAUUCUUAGUUAUAAGCUUGAAUCUGUACCAGAGUCACAAGUCGAGAGCGCGAAGAUGGAGUGCACCACAUUGAAGUUAUCGCCCAACUUCAACAAGAUCUAUGCUAGCCAAAUAAGUAUCGUAGUUGAUAAUGUGACGGAGAAAAGCGCUAUAAAUGUUAUGGUCAAACCAUCCGACGCGCUGAGCGCAUGUGAAGACGACACUUCAUCCAAUCCGGACUCGGGCAAUGUUAGCUUGGCGGAUUUUCCACUGGCUAGUCUAACAAAUAAUGCUUGCUUGCAGUUGGAGAGCGCCUGUAAUAGUCGUUUUGAGGUAAAAAAUAAUUUUGUAAGUGAGGUGUCGAUAGAACGCAAAGCCGAGAAAGAAAUUAAAGGCCCUAGAAAAACUGUGGGGGACAUUGAGAACGAAUUGCACGUUAGCCUAGUCGAAGAAUUGAAUACAAAUAACGCGAAAAACAAUGACCGUGAGAAAAUACAGCCUAAGCUAGAAAUGGAAGGCACAGCUCAAGGGGAAGAAACCGUAGAAUGCGUGAAAUUGAACGGGCACAAAACAAGCGAAGCUGGAACGGCAGACGAUAAAGUUACAUUGAAGAAGUGUAGCUCAGAGAACUUUAAAGAGUGUAGCUCAGACGGCAAUUUGGUGAGUGUAAAUCCACUGGCGCACAUUGACUCUACCACAGAGAGUGCACGGAUUUCUAUAGACGAUUGCAGCACUGACGCAUUCCGAAACGACGCGCUUAUUAAGAGCCAAGCAAAUGAUGUACUCGAACGCGAUGAUACGCAUUUAAUAGAAUUAGCGCAAUUGAUUCGAAGUAGUGGUUCUAGAAAAAAUAGCGCCUCAUUAUCGGAUGUAGAAUGCGUUGAUGUCGUAAGGCCCCGGCCACCCACCGAAAUUGCCGACAAUACACCGACGCGCAUAUGUACAGAAUUGGAACAUCUGCGUUUGGCUUUUUCGCAGCUCUUAGAAACAAAUCUAACCGAGCUCGAUGAGUUGCCACGCAUCGAAGAAGAAGAAGAAGUAGCUGCAGUUGGCAACGCUACCGAAAGCGAAGCGCUGUCUGCCUUAGAGCACACAAAUGAUGCUGUCACCGCCAGCACCGAGACAGCACUUAACGUAGCGCCGCCACGUAAACGUAGUGUCAUCUAUGAAACUCCACCACUAAAUCUCAAUAUCUCUGAAGUGAAAAUAAGCUAUUCGCCUACUGAUGAGCUAGAUGACAUGAGUGCGAUGAGUCCAGUGGCGUCCACUGCGUUGGCACAAAUUUCACAAUGCACCGCCGAAUUGGAGCAGCUCAAUGCAGCACUCAGCGAGAUGCCACGCAGCAAGAUGGAGAAAAAAACCAAAACGCAUAGUUUGGCCGAUGACCGUACGUCGCAAGCCAUGAACACUACCAGCCUGCUACUAGCCAGGCAAGGGGCAAGUAAUGGGCGCAAAGACUACACAACGCAUGUUGAGGGGUUCGGCGAUGCUGACGAUGAAGGUGCUGAUGAUGAUGAAAAGCCCUCAACCAGUGCCAAGGCGGCGGCGUCGUCGGCGUCAGUUAAUCAGAAGCGCGUACUCUCGGUAUUUGGGGAACGGCGACCGGUUGCGGCUGCGGCGGCGGCGGGUAGCUUGACAACACUUGAGCACGUACUCUUGGCUUGUUCGUUGGGCGUUAUCACACCCACAGAUCUAUACACAUUGUGCCUAAUCAUAAUUGGCAUGAUAACUAUUAUAGCGAUUGUUUUGUUUUGAGUAGCUUGAGAUUCGCUCGCAUCAGACGAGUUUGAGUCUAUGAGCAAAUGUUGUUGAGUUAUAUCAUUGGUAGUUUUUUGUCGCGUUAAUGUAUAAGACAAAAAAAAAACAAAAAAGCAAAAAGCAACUUCGCACAUUGUUAAGUUUGGUAGAAUUUGAUGGAGGAGCAAACCAAAAAAAAAAAAUAAAUAAUAAAAACAA